AUGAAGAUACAUAGAGUCCUUUAUUCAAUUUUAACACGGGCUCUGGUGUGGCUCCCUUUUCGGUCCAACCAAGUAAGCAGAGAAACCGUCGCGUCCGUAGUGACUUUCUGCUCAGAUACCAACGCUGAUUGGGACGAGGGCGCUCUGUCUCGAUGUAAUCAUCAAAACAUCUGUGUAGUGAAUGGCGACUUCCCCGGUCCAACGGAGGAUCUUGUAUCCAUUUUGCGGUUGCCUUUGGUCCGGCGAGACGAACUUUGCAACGUCGAAACUGAAUCCACAUUUUCCCAGGCACUCUCAAUUGUCUCGUACCAAAAUACUGCUUUCGGAAUCAACGACUACGCCAUUGCUAUCCAAUCUCUUCAACACGAAUUCGAAUGUACGAGGAGUAAGAAAUCGAGGAAUAAUGUGAAGACCAAAACAAAACCUUUCUACGUGGAUUUUUGUCCACCUUUGUCCAGCUCCUUGCGAAGGCGGAUUAGCGGUGAAGUGGGUUCAGACUUGCUUCAGAAAGCGAUCUCUCCACGAAAGGGAUUUCCAAACGGUGCCAUAAUUUAUGAUUUGACAGCUGGUUUUGGUCAAGACGCAUUACUUAUGGCUACUGCUGGAGCAAGACGAGUUUACAUGGUUGAGCGUGAUCCGAUUGUUGCUGUUAUGUUGCAAGACGCUCUAAGACGCCUUUCCAACUUAGCCGAUGCGGGAGACAACUUUGCGAUGGAUUUGUCUCCCCGUCUUUCAUUUCAAGCAGGCGAUGGACGAGAGGUAGUUCGAAAGCUGCUUGCAGAAAAAGACGCUAGUGUACUACCUGAUAUUGUUUACCUCGAUCCGAUGUUUCCGGCCAGAAAGAAGCAAGCUUCUGUCAAGAAGAACAUGCAAAUCUUGCAUAGCCUUUUAGAAACACAGACUGGAGAUAGUAUUCUGCGGCAGCGCGACGAACUGGAACUUCUGCAUACUGCUUUGGAAGCUGCCGGAACAAAGGUCGUUGUCAAGCGCCCUGUUCAUGCCUCUCCAUUGGGAGGCGCAUCAGUCGAGCAGAAGCCUUCUUACGACAUAAGGGCUCCAGUAAAUAGAUGGGAUGUGUACUUAAAAUAA